AGACCUCAGCUGAUAAAAAUAUCUGUAGCCGGUGAAAUCAGUGGCAUGCCUGGCUUUCUCAGACAAAACUCCCAUGUGAUCACCCAGGCAGCCUCAGUGAGCCUGAAGCUGCUCAGCAAGCAGUAGGUAAUGAGUCUUUGUGCAGAGCGAAGCUCUUGUGGCUGAACAAUAAAGCAUAUGGUACCAGCAAUAAAACACAGUGCUGGGAGAUUUAAGAAGAUUCUGCUGGAAGUAGGAAGACAGUGAAUAUGUCAAACGUUAUAAAAUGACGAUCAAUCUGGUUUGGUUCCUAAUUAAUAAAAACAGUGCAUGGAUUGGAAAAACAACAAUUUGAACAGGUGCGUGUGACAGCAUUGCAGCGAUGAGUGGAAUUUUAAAGAGGAAGUUUGAAGAAGUUGAUGGCUCCUCACCUUGUUCCUCUGUGCGGGAAUCAGAUGAUGACAUUUCCAGCAGUGAAAGUGCUGACAGUGGUGAUAGUGUCAAUCCAUCCACUUCUAAUCAUUUUACCCCUUUUGGGAACACCCUUCACUGGAAAACAUCGUCUUCAAUCCUGAAGAGAGAGAAGCGGAAGAGAACAAAAAAUGUCCAUUUUAACUGUGUUACUGUGUAUUACUUCACGAGAAGGCAAGGCUUCACCAGUGUUCCCAGCCAAGGGGGAAGCACACUGGGAAUGUCCACUCGCCACAACAGUGUGCGCCAAUACACUCUGGGAGAGUUUGCGAUGGAACAGGAGAGGCUUCACCGGGAGAUGUUGAGAGAGCACCUGAGGGAGGAAAAACUCAAUUCUCUAAAAUUAAAGAUGACAAAGAAUGGGACAGUGGAGUCCGAAGAAGCCAAUACGCUGACGCUGGAUGACAUUUCUGAUGAUGACAUUGAUCUGGACAACACUGAGGUAGAUGAGUACUUCUUUCUCCAGCCCCUGCCGACAAAGAAGCGCAGGGCGUUGCUGCGAGCGUCUGGGGUGAAGAAGAUUGACGUGGAAGAGAAGCACGAGCUGCGAGCCAUCCGCCUGUCCAGAGAGGAUUGUGGCUGUGACUGCCGUGUCUUCUGUGACCCAGAAACCUGCACUUGCAGUCUGGCAGGCAUAAAAUGUCAGGUGGAUCGUAUGUCUUUUCCAUGCGGUUGCACUAAGGAAGGGUGUAGCAAUACUGCAGGUAGAAUCGAAUUUAACCCUAUCCGUGUACGGACUCACUUUUUGCACACAAUAAUGAAACUUGAAUUGGAGAAAAAUAGAGAGCAGCAAGUUCCAGCACUUAAUGGCUGCCACACUGAGAUAAGUGCACACACUAGUUCUAUGAGUCCAGGAGCCCACCCGGUUGAAUAUUCAAUUGCAGAAAAUUUUGAGAUUGAAACGGAACCUCCGGCUGCGGUUAUGCAUUCCCAGUCAGCCGAGGACUUGGACUGCCCAGGGGAAGAGGAGGAAGAGGAAGAUGGGAGUAGCUUUUGUAGUGGAGUUACAGAUUCUAGCACACAGAGUUUAGCCCCUAGUGAAUCAGAUGAUGAUGAAGAGGAAGAGGAAGAUGAGGAGGAAGAUGAGGAGGAAGAAAAAGCAGAUGAUUUUGUAGAAAGCAUGGGCUCCCACGCUGAUAUGGUGCCUCUUCCUUCUGUCCUUUGCUACUCUGAUGGAACUGCUGUGCAUGAAAACCACUCUAAAAAUGCCUCAUACUAUACUAACUCUUCAACUCUGUAUUACCAAAUAGAGAACCACGUUGCUGGCACUGCUAACCAGAUCGGUGAGACUUACUCAGAAAGGGAUGCUGUCAAGAACGGUAGCCUUUCUCUGGUGCCUUACAACAUGACUUCUGAACAGUUCGUUGACUACACACGGCAAUCAGAGGAAACUUUUAGCAGCCCUCAUUACCCUUCUGCAAACCCCUCAGUGAUUGUUUGCUGCUCAUCUUCUGAAGGGGAUGGCAGUGCUCCAUGUAACAGUUUAUACACUGAGCAUAGGCCGAGUCACCCACAAGUGGAAUUUCACUCCUACUUGAAAGGUCCCUCUCCAGAUGGCUUUGUGUCAGCUUUGAACGGCGACAGCCGCGUGCAAGAGCACCCUGCCGAGAAUUCACUAAACCUCCCAGAAAAGAGCAGACUGCACGAGGAGUGCAUCAAAUCUCCAGUGGUAGAAACGGUACCUGUUUAAUAUUAAAAUUAUUCUAGGACUGACUUCCUGUAUUAAAAUUCACUCCCAUCGGAUUUUCCUAGAAUCUUACUUUUUUAAGAGGUAGACAACACUUGGACUUACGAUCAAUGUUCCAGACACAUUGUGUUUUCUCAAGCUACACUGGCAGUGGUAUUGCACAAAAACAGUUCACGUAAAGAUUUAAAUAAUCAAACCUUUUUUUUGAUAAAAAUAAAACACGUAAGUAAAGAAACACAGCCAACCUAUUUCAGAGUAGCCUACCUAUGGACGUGUGUGAAAUCUGCCAAGCUAUCUGAAUCAAAGCUUUGUGUUUUUGACUGUCGGGCCUGUGCAAAAAUGUUAAAAAUGAUACUUUGAAAUAAUCAUGUUUAGAGUCCUAAUUUUCAACAUAUCUGAAAAGAUGGUAAGUUUAAUGUAAAAGUAACUACUGUACAAAAAAAGUUUUAAUUGUUCUGUACUGUAUGUAUUUUAUUUAUGGUAGUUUAAGAUUCUUGUUUUGAUAGAAAUGGACAGCAUGUUCAUUUGAGCAGAAGAUCCAUAUCUAGUUACAAAGAGCAUAUCCACUUUUCAUCUGGAGUACCUUGUAUUCUUCUUUCCUUUUUUUUUUUAAUACCAUGUCUGGUAAAUUGUCUUGAAACACAUUUUUAGAGUGUGCUGUUUUCUCUUUUACUGUUCUUGACAAACAGAAGAAUCAGAAAGGGGGCAUUUACAUCUUCUAGAAAGGUAGACAAUCCUCCAUUAAAACUAAAAUCAGAGGCAUUCCAGAACUAGCACCCUCACCCCAAAGAAAAAGGAUCUUGUAUAUAAUGGCAAAGCAGUAGCUUAAGCUUGCACAGCACCUUUUAGCCCAGCAACCAUUCAGAUACUUUGCACUUUAGUGCUGUUUUGCAGGACUUUAUUAACUGUGGAAACUGUGAACCACUCUGGAGAAAUGCCAUAGCUCCACUCUCUGAGGCAUUUGUAAGAUCUUAACAUUUAUUGUAACAAAACCUGGACGUUUUUCCCAAGGCAGUUUAUGAAUGUCAGUAUGCGAUUUAUAAAAGCAGAGCCUUACUGAUCAAAGCUAAAAUAAAGCAUGGGAAAUAAUGUGGAACUCUCUAGAUUGCCUAAACAUUUAACAGUUUUUUAUGAAAUAUGAGACUGGCUUUUGUGGACUUCUUGUCAUACCUCAAAUGUAGCAUCAUUUGGUACAAAUAGGAAACAGCAGAUUCAGUGAGGAAAAAAGCUUCAGGAAUUCUGUAUCUGCAAAAGUCUGCAAGCAAAAUAGCAUGGGCAUCAAAUGGAUAUCCAUUUUCUUGUGAUCCAUUUGUUUUUAAAUGAAAUGGGAAAUAAAAGUACCUGCUGUAUAUCAACCUUUAAUUUAUUAACCAACCUUGCUCUUGUCUAGAAAAGGAGGCAUAGGAACCAGGUUUUUGCUGCACUGGAAAUUCUGCACUGCCUUAUUUUGGUUUCAAAAUCUAUGUUAGCAUUUUUGGUCUUCUGAUAUUGAAAUUUUAUUUAUUCUACAUCAAGUGAGUUGAAAUGUAGACCUGUCUUGUUUGUCAAAAUAAGGAUCAGCAUCUUAGUUUUAUCUGUGUCAAAUCUAGAUGGUUAACAGUGUGCAUGUAAACACUGUAAAUUUUAGCUCUGUAACAAUGACUCUUCUGGUUAGAAACUCUUUAAAACAUCAUGUACAGUACUCCAGUAGAAAAACUGCCAGAUGUAAAAUAUGCUUUUCAUUUAAAAAAAAAAAAGAUAACUUAGUUGUUUUUAUAUGAAAUCUGGGCAAAGUGAUUUCUCAUAUUUAUGCUAAAUUAGCAAAAUAUUUUUACUCCAUGUAGUAGCUGGAAAGGUUUUUUAUUUACUUGUUUCCACAAGAAGUCCUACACGUUUUAUAUGAACUGCAUUGACAAGUCUAGUUCUCUAGGGACUGGAUUCCAAACUUGAAACAUAUUCCACCUCCUGAGAAAGCGCAUUCAUGCUGGUUAUCGGGCUUAGCAGUUCAGUAGCCUCGUUCCUCCUGUAGUCACAGAACACUCUAGGCUCUUUUUCUAAGACUGAGUAAGCAGGUAAACAUCUGUAUUCUCCAAUGCAAAUACCCUUGAUUUUUAAAGAGAAAUGUGCUAGUUCUUAAAGUUCUGCAUCUGAGAAUAUUAUUCUGUUCAGGAUCUUCUAAGGGCAAAUGUAACAAGUCUCUCUGUCUACAGGUAUCUUGCAUCAACACUGAGUUGGAUUUGGCGCUCUCACUCAACACCAGCACAAAAAGCACAAAUCUCUUCUGCUUGAGCUGGGACAGUAGAUGAGGAUCAGGAGCAGCUCUUUACCCUCAGAGUGUGUUGGAAAACCACACACACUUUACUGGGGUAUUUAUCUCAGGGGACAGUUAAAUGAAAUAUUUUAUUAUUCACCCCCUUACUGAGCAAUAAGAAAUUAUUUUCCUGGCCCCUGUGCUUUCACCUGAAAAAUAUCUUUAAUUGUAUCAGCAAGCACAGUAAGUGAUUAACUUCAUAAAAAUACAUCUCAGCCAGUUUUAAAAUACUGAGGUGGUAGUUAUUUACUAUUUCCAUUCGCACAGGCUUCAGAUCCCAGUCCUGCUUAAUAUCAGCACCUGUAUAAACUUCUGAGUACUUAGAUAUGUGUGUUAUUCCAUGCCAUUGGGGCAUCAGGGGUGAAUGCAGCCAAAUUCUCUCAAGCCUGCAGCACAGAAUAACAAGCAGUUACAUCUUGGAAGAGAGAGGGUAGAGAGAGCAGUGACUAUAUAAAUUAUUUGUGAUACACUGUUUUGCCAUGUUUUAAGUAGCUAAUUCCUGAGAAGAAGUAAAAUGUGCAGAAUAAUGAUUUAAAUUGAAAGAAUACUCCUAAUUAACUAGCUGGUGAUAAUGUAUAUAGUAAUACCUUUCUUUUAAUCUGAUCUGAUGUUUUGCAAUCAAGAUUUCAUCUCAGGUUGCAAAGUAAACACUAGAGUGACAAAAAAAAAAAUAGUUGCAGCCCUGACCAAACAGGAAAGUUAAUUUAACUGACAAGUAGGCUACUUUACCUGAAAUGUAGAGUAGGAUGUAGAAAUCAGGUGAGUCUGGUUUCUCACCACUUGAUUAGACUUCGAUGUUUUGUUUAUAGCAAAAAAUAUACUUUUCAUUUAAAAACAAACAUUUACAAACUUAAAUUAAUCAUAGUAUGGAAAAUAUUUUAAUGUUAUUUUCUGGGCUAGUAUAUAAUGCUGUGUCCCAUUUCUCAGCUGGCUAAUAGUCAUUUUGAUAACCAGUCCUUUCAUUUUGGGUAGGCUGUUUCUGUGUGAUUGAUAAAAGUAUUAUACUACUAAAUGAUAACCAGCAGUAUUGCUUCUGUGUCAACACAGUGUAUCAUUUGAGGAAAUGUUUACUUUACUGAUAGUUAUAUCAGCUUUAUUUCCUGAGAUAUCUGGCUACUGAUAAACACUCCUAGGGAGCUAGGUAAUAAUUUAUGAUUAUAUUGCAUAGUUCAGAAAAAUGAGUCAUAACAAAAGCAUUUCCUUCUGUUAAAAUAAACCAGAAUUUUCACACAGAAGAUCACUGGAACAGCACCUAAAACCAGAUCCCAUUUUGCCUAUAAGGUGAACUUUUUGCCUCUCUUGGAAAAAAGCUUUAACUGACGUUAGACAUGAAAUCAGAACUUUUCUGCACAAUUAAUUACAGCAAUUGCAAUUGCUCUAAGAGCUAUAACUCAUGUCCACUGGAACAUCCUUAGAAAAUUAAAAGCUGGCCAGUAGAACUUUAUACUAUUCUUUGUUGAGUUGUCUGCCAUUUAGAUCAGAAAGUUCUAGAUUUGUAAAGUUUUACUAUUUUUCAUUUACACAAACUCCUGCUAGUGAAUCAUAGUUGGAGUUGACAUUAAUUUACUUUAAGGCCAUUGUACAUGCCCAUAGAUACAGUUCAGCCUGAUCAGUGCUCUGGUAACAGAGCAAUCCUGUCCUUUGUGGAAGUGCUGCAGAAAUCCCAUAUAGUGUUGGUGGUGCUGUUACUUUUGCUUUCCCUGCCUCACAGGGAAUAUCUUCACAAACAUAGCUAGUUUUUAAAGAUUGUAUGCAUAUAUUUGUAUGCAAAACAGAAUAUAUGUUUUGUUUUUUAAUAUUUCAGGUGUUCCUGACUCUCUGAUAGAAAUGUGAUAUACUGGAUAGAGAGUACUGGGCUCAGAGAGAGGACACCUGGGUUCUGUUGGCUUUGCCUUUGUCCUGUUGUGUCAGUUGCAUCUUCUGUGCUCUGAUUUGUAAUGUACUUGGAGAUACUGUGAUUGAUAAAACAUAAUUCUAUAAAACAGGCAAAAUACUAUUUUAUUUCCCCCUUUUUGUGCUAUCAUAACUAAAUUUCUGUACUGCAGACUAUGCCACUUUCCAAAUAAAGCCCAGUCCAGAAGUGAAUAGAAAUUUUUCAUUAAUGUGAAGCACAGCUAAAGCAAGCUCUCCUUUCCUUAGACUGCAUUAAUGAGCAGAAGUUUAACAGUAAAUUGCACAGUGAAAAGUUAGAAUAAAAGCUGUGUUGCGUAUACAACAUUUACCUGUCAAGUGCUUAACAUUUGAGCAGCAGGACUGUAGUUUGUCUGCAACACCGUACUCGACAGCAGCAGGCAGUCUUACUCCCAUGCACAGUGUCUUCUUUUGCUGGCUGAAUUCUCUCAGUUGGAACUCCUUGCCUGGACUGCUCCUGUAGCAAAGCAGCUGCUCUUACUCACUCAAAGGUAAAGCAAGAGACCCAUGAUAUCCUUUUAAAAAGCAUUUGCUAAAUAAGGAUCUCCCUUGUUACAGCUCAUGAGUUGUAUGAACUUGUUUUCAUUAUGCCAAUUGUUUUAUUUCCUGAAAGAGUCAGGAACAGGGACAGAAGAGGAUGAUACGGAAAAUCCUCAAGCAUUCCUGCUGAGGCUGAAGAGCAAUUCUGUUAUCUACUUUAUUAUGGUUGCAGAACGUUUGAUGUAAAAUACUUUGAAAAACUAGAAGUAACUCAGAGAAUAUAUUCUAUAGAAUUUAUUUCUAAAAUAUUAAAUCUGAUUACUAUUUUUUUAAAAUGGUAGAAAACUGUUAUUUUCAAAACGGACUUAAAUGUUCCUUGGUAUGAGAAAUCUCAGCAUUUGCCUUUUCAGUGUUUCCAGGUUUUUCUAAUAUUCUUAAUUUUGCUGUUCUCUGUAAUCAUUGUCCACGUGCAAAUUAUUAAUUGUCCAUUUUCUCCAAGAAGUGUCAAAUCCAAAGCUCAAACAUUGUGAUGAACAAGUGCAAUUUAGUUUUAAAGAUGUCUGAGUGAAUAGACUUGGGUUCUUCAGAAGUUCUUCCUAUUCACUGUCUCUUCCCACUCCUAAAGCCAAGGCAGCUUUUAAUUUUGUUGCUAAUAAAUGUGCCAGAGUAUUGUUUCCACUUAAGGAGGAAAGUUGUAAUAUCCUUGAGGACUUUCUGCUACCCUAAUGGCUGAUACCAAGAAUUUAACUUUUUAAUUGGAACAUCCAAUUCAUGGAACAUCUGUUGUGCAGCCUUAGUGUUCUUUUUUAAUGCCUUCCUUCCUGUCAGUGUUUGGGAGGUCUGUUGUACAGUAAGACUUUUCAUUACAGUCGAGCACAAGGGCAACUCCCACAUCCUCUGUGCUGUGAAUUAAAUCUUGAAAAGCCAGGUUGGAUGGGGCUUUGAACAACUGGAUCUAGGGGGUGGCCUCUGCCCAUGGCAUGGAGGUUGACAGUAGAAGAUCUUUAAAGUCCAUUCCAGACGGGGUUGUUCUGUGAUUCUGUGAGGUAAAAUGUGUGUUGCUCUGGUGCUGUGCAGUCUUUGUGGCUGGAGGACAUCCAGAACUCAGGAGGUCCCACGGCCUGGAGAACCAUGUUCCUGAUGCUCUGUACUGCAGCUUCUCAGCUGAGAGGAUGAUAGUCUUCAUCCAAGGCUGGGGGUGGGACAAAAAAAGUCAAAGGUCAAACUUUGUCCUUUAUUUACUCAGUUAUCUUAAUUUGGAUCUUAGCAAUGACACUUCUGCGUCAUGAAUGAAUGUCCAGUAGAACCAAGUUGAAGUUUGCCUGUCAUGUGCAUUCUUCUCUAACUGUUCACUUUUCCAAUAAACCAUGAAGAUGAGAUUAGCUUUUCAUGAUGGAUAGGAAAAUGGAGGAAGAUACAAAUGCACAUCAUUGUUCUAACACAAGAAUCAAUAUAGUCCUAGGUCUUGAAGCACUAGAGUGAGGGGAGGAUAGAAAGGACAGUUUAGAGGAAAAGAAGAUGAAGGCAUGAGGCAGAUUGAUCUUUCUUCUAAAGGAGAAACCAAAACAUUACAUAUUAAAAAAGGAAGGAAAAUGGGAAAAAAAGAGCUCUCCAGAACAAGGAUGGAAAAGUACAUGGAUGUUCACUACAAGCUUGCCCAUGUUAGAUGAUAAUAUUGAUUCUGUUACUUAAUAUACUUUAAACCAACCAUGAACUCAGUGCAAACAGGAAAUGCCAUUUUUCCAGACCAGUUACAUACAGGUGGCCAUUAAAUAAAAGACUUAUCCAAAUGCAUGGGGUAAAAAAUGCAAAGCAAAGCCACACCUAGAAGCACUGCUACCAUGUCCUUUCUUUGCCUAUGGCAAUUACAAAGAUAUUUUCAGUAUCAGUUAAACUCUGCUCCCAAGCACAUAUUCUCAUAUAACCAGUUUCUCAGAUAUCAAGGGAUAUUAAAAGCAAAGACAAAGUAGGUGUCCUUUUUAUUAGCAUUUUAGUUUGGGAUUUUCAAAUAAGACUUACUUAUUAGACAUUAUGGCAGGUAAUUAUUUUAGGUUUCUCCAUCUGGAACUUUUAAAGUAUGUUCUUAAGAAUGAAGCUUUGGGUUUUGCUGGGGUACCGGGGGAGUGUUGUAAAGACACAUUUGUGAGUCUCAGAUCGGAUUCAGCACCACUUUUCAGUUCUUGAAAAGAUCAUCCUGUGCACUGGCAGCUGGUUCUCUUAAAACAAAACCCAAAGCAAACAUGCUGUUUUUUUCCCAACCAUUUGACACAAGUAGCACCAACUACUCAUAUAAAAAGUGCUUAACAACUGGGCCCUUCUUUUAAUUGACUGAUUGUAGGCGCUUCUAUGGAAAUACGUCUGAAGUGUAGUUUGUGAAACGUUAAAAAAGUGUUUGAUGUAAAAUAAGCGCUAGACAUUUAACAGUGCACAAAUAGUCAAAAUCUGUAGAUUACAAAUCCAUUCCUAAGAGCCUCAGCCUGUAAUAUUGUCUUAGUAAACUUGAUCUUUUAAGUUAAAUUACAUUCUGGUGUAAUAAUCUUUCACAAAUAAAAUUAUUAAUACAAAUGUACUGUUAAUUACCUGUUAACAUAAAACAUGGCUAAUUGGUUAUUUUGAUUUGUUUCCAUCUAUAGCUAAUAGAUAGAAAAUUUGUAAAAAAAACCAACCAAACAAAAACCAACACUUAUUACCUUUUAUAUGUUUAAAGUAUUUUAACUGUUUUAACAAAUACAGACUAUGUAACAUUUACACUGUCUAGUCCAACCCUGUCUUUCAGGAGGUUCAUCUCUCUCUGUAUAUAUAUAUAUAUUUCCCCAUAAGAAUAUAAAAUUGCUUUUGAAAUUUUUGUUGUCAAGUGGUAAAUAAUACACCGCAGCAUAGAUUCAAAAGCACUUAAGCUGACGGUCUUUCAGACAGGUAAUCCAUUCAAAUGGGACUAGGAAAACUGUGGUGUAAUUGCAGCCAUUUGUUUAAAAUUUGUACAUUGCUUCUAACUUUACUAAUUUCUGAGAAAAAUAAUUAUGUUAAGUACUUAACAUUUUCCAUUACAGAUUAUCUUGCAUACUAAAAUAAUGGAGAGCUCAACAGUAAAGCAAGAUAUUUAAUAGGACUGCUGCUUUUAAACUGUUUGAAGAAGUGAAGGGAAAGAAAGUUCAUCUUAAAAUCUGUACAUGGAAAUAAUUUUAAGCUUCAUGAACUACACAUUUCCUUAAUUUCCUUUUUUUAAACAAGUUGUAACAUCAAAGAUGCCAAAGGGUAAUAUAAGCUACAAUAAUAUUCAACAGAACUUAACCUAGACCUUACAUUGUAAUAAUUUAUUCAAAUUAACUGUAUUCUUCUGUAUUUAUAUUUUCGGUAUUUAUUAUGAAUGAUAUGGAAUUUGAUGUAUUUAUUGUGGCUUAUUACUGCAGUGUAUAUAUUACAAAAAUGAGCAUUUUUAAGUCUUAACAUUAGGUUUUUUUGUUAAUUAGUGGCACUUGUAUCAGCUGUAUUUUUAUUAUAUAUUGUACAAUAUAUAUUGUCCAUUUGUUUGCAAUGAAGUAAAACAGGUUUCUACGUUA